CCUCUGCUCCUCUCAUGUUCACACUGGUACUACUGUUCACAAACACACGGGGACAUACAAUGCUCAGCUGGCUCAUUCGAGGAUAACACUAAAAACUUCGCCUUGUAUUAUGCUGCCUGUCUUCAUCUACAGGAUAGUGUAAAAACCCUUGAGCCAAAUAAUGAUGGGCAUCCUUAAGAGGAAGUUUGCUGAGCUGGAUGAGGGCCCCUGCUACUCCUCUUCCUCGUCUCCUGCGUCCUCUGUCCCUUCCCCCGUCUCCUCUGGGUGGGACUCAGACAGAGAGAACCUCGACAUUAACCUUCACUGUCCCCCUUCACCUGCUACUUUGCCCCUGAGAUCUAUCCUUAAGAGACCAAAACUUGCAGAUGCCCAGAACAGUGUGUGCUUCGCCCAGGUGACUGUGUACAGUUUUCCACGCUGCCAGGGAUUCACCAGUGUUCCCAGUCGUGGAGGUGCCACUCUGGGCAUGAUGAGGAGGCAUAGUGAGGUUCAAACUUUUACAGUAUCCGAACAUGCUCUGGAGCAACGGCACAGGCGCCGAGAGCAGCUCAGAGAGCGACGGAGGCAGGAGCGGUUUCAGGAAAUGAAACAAAAAUUGAUCUCCAGUGGGGCCAUAAAUGAAACAGAAGCUGAGACUCUCACAAUAGACCAAGUGCCAAUUGAAGAAUUCUACAUUAACAUUAACAGUGUGGAGUUGGAGGGCGGAGGCUUUCUUCAGCCGUACUCUUCAAAGCAGAGGCAGGCGAUCCUCUUGGCAGCAGGGGUGAAGCGCAUUGACAAGGAGGAGAAGAGGCAGCUCCACGCACUCCGUCUCUCCAGGGAGACCUGCGGCUGUGACUGCCAAGGCUUCUGCGAACCAGAAAGCUGUGCAUGCAGCCUGGCAGGCAUCAAGUGUCAGGUGGACCGCUUUAACUUUCCAUGUGGCUGUAGUCAGGAUGGUUGUGGGAACACCCGGGGUCGUGUAGAGUUUGACUCCAGACGUGUGCGCACUCAUCACUUCCACACCAUAAUGAGACUGGAGCUCGAGCGGAGACUAAAACACGAAACUCCAUUUUCAAAGGACCAGUCUAAAGUUCAGAAGGACAGCAAUAAGACGCGGCCAUCACAGAACAUGCAGGACAAAAUUCGCCCCUCUGGGUUUUCUUUUGUGGAAGACAAUGAUAAUCCUCUCACUAUCCCUACUGUGAGUCCAUAUAGUUUAUUACCAGAGCAGCCAGUGGUGGAGGAGAACAGUUGCAGUAGUGACAUGACUGUCUCUUCCUGCUCUUCUUUGGAUGCUGUGAGCCUGAAUGGACUCUCAACUCUUUCUGAAAACAACAUGGGAUCAUCUCAUAAUUUAAAUAUUUGUGACAAUAACUCAGUUAGAAAUACAAAUGAACCAUUGAGCCAAAUUAGCUACACAUCUACUGACGUCGUGGGACCUCCUUGUUCAAAUAACAACACAUUCACAGACAUUCUAAGUUUGUCCCCGCAGUCCAAUUGUCUUGAUGAAAACUCACUUGAAGACUUUCCUAACACUCCCUCGCCUUCUGGAGACUACUACAUGGACCUGAGCCUUUCUUCUGAUUCAGAUCUUGAAUUUUUUGACAGUGAUUACACAUCUGGGCUACCACACAGCUCCUUUAAGGGUCAGAGGCUCUCAGAUAGCCUGGACCACCUUCAGUUAUUCAGCUCUGACUCUCUUCCACAGGAUGAAUCCAGCACCUACCUCUUGGAGUCUCUGAUAGGUCUUAUAGACUGAAUACUUGGUCAUUAAAGCCACCAAACAUGUUGCCCGGCCAGCCAAAACUACAUGUUUUUCCUUUUCUAAGGGCCUUAGUAAUUGACAGGUGGAUUAGCUAAUCAGAGAAAUGCAGGGAUUAUCUGUAUUAUUAAA